AUGCAAGGGGACGAGACUCCAGCGCCUACUACGGGCGCAGUUCCUGAUGAUGCUGUCCGAAGGUUUCGCAGUCCCGGGACAUUCGAUCCAGAGAAGGAAGACUGGAAGCUUUACGAAAUUCGUUUCAAGGCAUCGCUACAAGUGGCAAGGGUCACUAACGACGCAGACAAAUCUGGACUUCUAAUUUCGGCGCUCACUCCGGACGUCUUCAAACGGCUCUACAACUUGUUGCAGCCUCGAAACAUCACAGAGGUACCGUUCUCAGAGAUUACGACCAAGUUGUCUGAGCACUUCACGCCUAAAAGCUUCAAGGAGUUUGAAAGGUACAAACUCUUCUCCACGCAUCAGCAAGAUGGCGAAUCAGUCCGAGAAUUCGUUCAGCGAUUAUCUGCAGUCAUUUCUCGUUGCGAAUACGAAAAGGAAACGGAUGUUCGAGCAUGCUCAUUCCUCACUGCGUUCAUUGUUGGCCUUAAUGACACUCGUAUUCGUACCCGACUUGUGUUGGAAAACAAUUUGUCGUUAGAAUCGGCAAUUAAGCUGGCUGAAAGCUGCUUAGCCGCGGAGGCUGAAUCAAAGCAACUACAUGCGGGGACGGACGUGCAUAAGGUGGCAACUAGGGACGCCAGCAGCUUGGCUUGCUACAGAUGCGGCAAUCCCAAUCACCUCCAAGGAUCAUGUAGAUUCCGCACGGAAGAGUGUCAUGCCUGUGGGAAAACGGGCCAUAUUGCAAAAAUGUGUCGCUCUUCUGGACCACAGGUGAAACAGAAGAAGGGUAACAGGGUCAGGAAGGUGAAGCUGGUGACUGAUGUGUUCCUCGCCGACGAAGAAGAUGGAAAGUUCCUGACUUGUCGCGUGGGAGACAAAGAGGUUGUGUUGCAGGUAGAUACUGGAUCUCGGGCAACACUGCUGGACAACCGCACUUACAAGAAACUGGGUGAGCCAAGGCUACGUUCAUCUCCAUAUCGCUUACGUGCCUUUAACAAGGACGAAAUUCCACUUCGUGGAGCGGCAGAUCUUAAGGUUGCCAUCGGUGGAAAAGAAGAGAUACUACAAGCCCUUUUCACCAGGAUGGACCAUACCAACCUUCUUGGGCGAGAGUGGAUUCGUAAGCUUGGCGUGAACCUCAAUGAGCUAUUCGUUGGCACGAUAUCUGGAGGAGUGGGAGUGGACAGGAUCACUUCGAAUUUGGCGUUGGAGAAAACAUUGGCAACGUAUUCCGAACUUUUUGGCAGUCAGCUGGGAAGAUGUACUAAGACCUUAGUGCACCUUCAUCUCAAACAGGACGCCCGGCCAAGGUUCUUUAAGCCCCGCCCGAUUCCUUUUGCGACUCGUGAGGCAGUUGAAGCUGAUCUGGAACGCCAAGUUAAGAACGGCGUUUUGAAACCUGUCGAAGUCUCUGAAUGGGCCACUCCUAUUGUUGUCGUGCCAAAGCCUAAUGGGGCCGUAAGAGUCUGUGGAGAUUUCAGUGUUACGGUGAAUCCCCAGAUCGAGAUUACGCAAUAUCCCCUACCACGGCCAGAGGAACUCUUGGCAACGCUAAACGGGGGCGAGAAAUUUUCCAAACUAGAUUUGUCCGAGGCGUAUCUCCAGAUGGAGCUGGACGAAGAUGCGAAGAGAAUCUUGGUCAUCAACACUCAUAAGGGUCUCUAUCAGUUCAACCGAAUGCCGUUCGGAAUCGCGUCUGCCCCAGCGGUGUUUCAACGUAUCAUGGAACAGGUGAUCGCUGGAAUACCCUCAGUGGCUUGUUAUCUGGACGAUAUUAUUGUGACUGGCGAGAACGACCACCAACACUUGGAAAACUUGAAGCAAGCUUUAUUGCGACUACGUGAAUUUGGCUUCACACUGAAAAAAGAGAAGUGUGCGUUCAUGCAGCAACAGGUUGAGUACCUUGGUCAUGUUGUUACAGCGGAGGGAUUUCGACCAUCUCCGAAAAGGGUAUCCGCGAUACUGAACAUGCUGCCUCCCACGCAAGUAUCCGAAUUACGUUCGUUUCUGGGCAUGGUUCAGCACUACGGCAAAUACAUACCCUCCUUGGCAGACGUGUGUGCUCCGCUGAACAACUUGCUUAAGAAAUCUGUGCCAUGGCAAUGGUCGGCGUCGUGUGUUGAAGCUUUCGAGACGAUUAAGAAGAAAUUGACUUCAGUCGAAGUACUGACACAUUAUGACCCGCGCAAGGAAAUAUUUCUGGCCGUGGAUGCGUCCUCGAAAGGACUUGGGGCCGUCAUUUACCACCGUAUUAACGGCGCAGAUCGUCCGAUCGCACAUGCUUCAAAGACUCUGACACCCGCCGAAUCAAGGUAUGCUCAGAUAGAACGGGAAGCUGUCGCCAUAAUUUUUGGUGUCAAGAAAUUUCACCAAUAUCUUUGGGGGAGAAGGUUUACGCUUUUCACAGACCACAAGCCUCUAACGGUGAUUUUUGGGUCGUCCAAAGGCAUUCCCGUUACUACAGCAAGCCGUCUGCAACGUUGGGCUAUCAUCCUCAUGAGUUAUUCUUUUGAUAUCCAGUUCAAGUCGACAUUAAAUAUCGCAAAUGCUGACGGUCUUUCCAGACUUCCAGAAGGGCCUGAUGUGCAAUUUGAUGUGCAAAUGCAACAGGGUAUUUUCAACGUCGAGGUUGAAGAGAUAAAGGCUGUGCAAGAUUUUCGAAUGUCUACCCUUCCGGUCACCGCGAAGCGGAUUGCUGAAGCGACACAAGAAGAUCCCUGCUUAAAAGAAGUAAUUCAGUUUAUUACAAACGGCUGGCCUGAGAGAACCGAACCUCAGUUCGCACCAUAUGUUCAACGACGAAUGGAGCUGACGACUCACAGAGGGUGCAUACUUCUCGGAUUACGUACGGUAGUUCCUGAUAAGUAUCGUCUGCAACUUCUGAACACCCUUCAUGAUUGCCAUGUCGGGCAAACAAAGAUGAAAAUGCUUGCCCGCUCAUACAUGUGGUGGCCAGGCCUCGAUAAAGAUAUCGAAGCCACUGUGAGACGUUGUCAUCAGUGUGCAGCCAUCGCAGCCCAGAAGUCCCCUGUUCCACUUCAUCAAUGGGAGCCGCCAGAGAAACCGUGGUUUCGGCUACACGCGGACUUCGCAGAGUUGCAAGGGAAACAUUACCUCAUAAUAAUUCACGCAUUCAGUAAGUGGCCAGAGGUGGUGCCUAUGGCAGCAACUACAGCGACGAAGACAAUGGAUGCCAUGAAAGACAUUUUCGUGCAGCAUGGGCUUCCACAGGUUCUGGUGACAGAUAAUGGACCUCCCUUCACCAGUCAGCAGUUUACGACCUUCCUUGCGGAACUUGGAGUUCAUCACGUUCGUACGCCUCCAUAUCAUCCGAAGUCUAACGGACAAGCUGAAAACUUCGUACGAACGUUUAAAACAGCGCUAUCUCGCUCCGCUAUGGAGGGGAGAGAAAAUAUCAGAGAGUUCCUGUUCAAAUAUCGCGUAACGCCACAUGCAUCUACAGGUCGUCCACCGUGCGAGCGGCUCAACAGCAGGCACUAUCGGUCUGUGUUGGACCUUGUUAGACCCUCUGAUUUUUCUUCGAUUCCUACGUCAACGGAUGCGGGUGCCCGAGAGCGACAAAGGCGUUGUCAUGAUAAACGGGCACGGGACCGAUCUUUCGAAAAAGACGCAUGCGUGUGGAUGCUUGAUCCGCAGAGGAAAGGUCACUGGAAGACCGGAAAAAUUGUGGAAAAAGAAGGGAGAGUGAUCUUCCAUGUGCGAGAUGCUGAUGGGAAGAUUCAUCGAGUACAUAAGGACCAUCUUAAGCUCAGGGAAUCUUUGGAAUCGUGGGUAAGCGGAUUUUCGAAGACAACGGCAGAUCAAGAUCUUGUGCUCGAGGGACCGGGAUUUCCUUUACCGUUCCCCGAAGUGGAGGACCCACCAUUGAGUGACGGAAAUCGUCAUACGUCCUUAAGUGUUCAACCACCGAGGGAUGGACAGGCUGUCGCACCUUCAAGUGAAGCGGCUCCUACGGGCGACAAUACACGCCGAUACCCCUUGAGGAUUCGUCGUUCAGUAGACCGCUAUGGCUCUACUUAUUAA